AUGGCGCAAUGGAUUCCAAAAACAGCAUGGAAGGUGUCCAACCUAAACAAACGCUACGGGAGGCAGUAUUUACUCAAAGGCUACCCUAAUCUGGAGAGUGGCGAGUCUUUUUUAAGCUCGUACACCUCCUUACACGAUGAAAAGAGUCUCGGGAAGGCAUCAAUGCGAGAAAAAAUCAUGAAAGCCCUACAAAUAAAUGAAGAGACCCCCUUUCCAGAGGCGUUCAUUAUUGAUUUACGCGAUCGCUCCGAACGAGAACACGAGCCAUUAAACUCGCGCGCCGUUCUUGUUUUGCAUGUUCAUGAUAUUCUCUCCGGAGCGGCGCUUCCCAUUCUCCCAGAGCGAAAAUCUCAAACGGAAAUAUUUUUGGUCGCCUCGAAUGCCCAACGUGGGGUGAAUGGGGCUGCUGCCAUUCGUCGAUGGGGAUAUCAAAACGUAUCCGUUCUAGAUGCAGCCACUAUUUGCGAUGUUAUUAACAAUACUGAGAAAUGUAUAGAAAAGGAUUGA